GUGACCACGGCGCGAGGAGCGCGCUCGCCGCACAGUGACAUGUUCAUAGCUCGGCCGCCGCGCCGCAGCACCGCGACUACACCGCCGGUGGCGGCGCGCCGAUGCGCCUGCCGUCCGGCCCGACGCCCGCGCCGCUAAUCCGCAAACUCUGCUUUCCACCAGUGCUACUUUCGCUGUUACACCUGAAGCGAGCCCUUCAGCCCGUCUGAAUCGACGACCGUCGUCGGAUGGAACCCGGAGUGCGCCGAUUCGCAUCAAGGUUAGACGACUAUUUGAUUGUGAGUGUUGUGCGCCGCCCGCCGCCGCCGCCGAGCCCAAGCGCCCUAGCGCACCCUACUGCACUUCAGUCGUCCGCGCACUACAUAGCCACACCGCACCAUAGCGGCGGGAGCUAACUUAGACAUGGGAAGUGAGCACUAUUGCCUAAGGUGGAACAAUCAUCAGAGCAACCUGCUGGGAGUAUUCAGCCAGUUGCUGCACGACGAGAGCCUCGUGGACGUCACGCUUGCCUGCUCCGAAGGUGCCUCCAUUAGAGCUCACAAGGUUGUCCUGUCUGCGUGCUCAUCUUACUUUCGCUCGCUAUUCGUGGACCAUCCCUCGCGUCACCCUAUCGUGAUCCUCAAGGACGUGCGCUUGGAGGAGCUCAGGACGCUUGUCGACUUCAUGUACAAGGGCGAGGUCAACGUCCAGUACUGCCAACUGCCUGCACUCCUCAAAACUGCUGAGAGUCUUCAAGUUAAAGGACUAGCUGAGAUGACGACGCUAAGCGCUGCGGGGAUCGACUCAAGGAACGUCUCAGAACCAAUGGAAGAGUGCCAACCACAGGACACCAGAGAGUGUCCAGAGGCACACGAUCGACUAGAAGGCAGAGAGAAUCGGGAAGUAGACGACAGACAGUCGAAGGAUGUACGUGAUAGAGAAAAUAAAGAUCGCGAAAGAGAAAGCCACUCACGCGACUCCCGUGACUCGCGGGACAUGCACAGGGAACAAAGAGAACCUCGAGACUUGAGAGAACCUCGUGAUCUUCGAGAGAGUAGGGAGUCGAGGGAGCAUCGCGAGCAUAGAGAAUCCCGAGACAUUGGAGAUCAUAGAGAGUCACAUUCCAGAGACUUACGUGAUCGUGACCCACGAGAAAUGCAUGAGCCUCGUGAUUUGAGGGACACUCGCGAAAGCCGCGAUCUAAGAGAGCCACCGGAGGCCUCUCCGCCGAGAAUAUCUCCCUUGCUUUCAGUACGACGGUUUAGAACAGAAACCUCAACUGAAAUUUCAACACCUACGCAUCCCACUAUCCCGAAAGAAGAACCUCCUGACGAACCUAUGCGGCCAUCGUCACCCGAAGACGACGUAGUUUCAAUACGAUCGAAUGGAGCCCAAAAUGAUAUUGGAAUCAACAUGACGAUAAACAGCCACGGUGGCGUCCUAAUGCGGUAUUCGCCUGUGCCGGUCGACCAGAGGCUGAGCGUACUCAACGCCAUUCCUCACCCCGCCUUGGUACAUCCUUCACAUCCUUCGUUGCCGAGUCCCAGAAAUGAGCCUAUUGCCGGCCCGUCAGGCUUGCCUCCUGUUCAGCAAGUUCCUUUGUCUCUGAAGAAAGAGGUGGAUUGGGACCGCAAUGAUGAUAAGGCCGGUGAAUCGUCUUCUGAUUACCGACUGCAUGAAUCUGAGUACGAAGGGUCCGGUAGGGUGCGUAUUGAGGAAGGGGAGAGAGGAUAUUUUUGCAUACACUGCGGCGCGGCGUUUCCACAUCAGAACAAACUGACCAGGCACAUAUUGACGACACAUACCCUGGACACGUUGAAAUACCGGGAUGCAAUUUUAGGGAGACCCAUGGGGUUACCUUUAAUUGGACAGUUCAACGAACCGCAUUACAUGAGCAUGCCCGCCGAAGAGCCACCAAUAGAUUUGGACAUUGGACCUGUGGAACCAGGAAAUGUGGUGCUGUGUAAAUUUUGUGGCAAGAGUUUUCCAGAUGUGUCGUCGUUAAUUGCCCAUUUGCCGGUACACACUGGCGACAGACCAUUUAAGUGUGAAUUUUGUGGAAAGGCGUUUAAAUUAAGACAUCAUAUGAAGGACCAUUGUAGAGUACAUACAGGCGAACGGCCGUUUAAAUGUGUUCUGUGUGGCAAGACGUUCUCCCGAUCGACAAUACUGAAGGCGCAUGAGAAGACGCACUACCCGAAGUACGCUCGGAAGUUCCUGUCACCGAGUCCUGUCGACACGGAGGAAGAAAGCCCGCACCAAUGAGUAUUGUACGGAUAUAGUGCACAAUUAGCCUAUGAAAUUUUUUUAGCCAAUAAUGUGUCCUAUUAUUGGAAUAGUCAAUGUUGAGCGAGAAGUGAUAGUCGAAUGAACAAACGGAGGACAAUAUGUUGUAAUUAGGUAAGAAUGUGAUUAAAACGCCGCAACUGUGAUCUGAAUGAUAUGAAUAAUAUUUGAUAUUUCACUAAUAGAUAAUUGACAAACAAAAGGUGUUAAUUCUAUAUAAGUGAGGAUGAACACUUAGAUUCUUUUUCUCUUUCGUUUGCUUUUUUUAUCUUAAAAUUUUCAACAUUAGGUGCUUUGUUUACGCUUUAGACUGUAAUGAAAUUCUCAUUUACUAAUGAGCCUCUAGACGGCAUAGCCAAAGUUUAGCUUAAGAAGUGAAACUUCUGUUUGUGUUCAUUGAUUGCUGCGUAUUCUUAAAAGUAACAUUUCCCACGCACUUUGCUUUCAUGCAAUACUUUGAUUAUGAAAAAGUGUUUUUGUCGCUAAGAGCUCACAUUUUUUGUGGACACUUCAAAGUAUUCAGACGCUAAAUAAUAAAAUGUAAAAUAUCAUAUUAAUUUACAGCUGACAUAAUAUUUUAGAACUUGCGUAUUUAUUGUAGUUCAUCUCUCAGAGUUGAUUUUAAACCAAUUUUAAAGAUUGAUAAUGAGUGCUUUAAUUACAUAUUAUUAGAGACCAUACUAAUGCACUCAAUAGUUGGUAAUAAUUAAAGAAAAAAGUUAGCGAUUUGAGAUUUUUACUGAUUUUAUGUCUUUCGUGGUUAUUGACGCACGCUCCCCUGAUAUGAUACAAAAAGCAAUAACGAUAUAUAAUGUAAAUAAUAUAGUUUGGUAAUGUCGAAUUUUUAGAAAAUGUAUUAGUCUUAAUGCUUUCUAGCUCUGUACUGGGUUACAUGGGGAGGGUUGUGGAUGUGUGAUCUUGGGAAUCAAAGCUUUAAACCAUGUUUCAGUUUUAACCAAUAUCUAUGCCUCUUUUUCCUGCCCCAUAAUUAUCCGACAUUGUUUUAUACGAAUACAUAUUAUUGUAAAUUAAUCAUUCAGUGAUUUAUAAUCUUGUUAAUUAUAUGCUUAAAGUAACAUAACAGAGACAAUAUUAGGUACAUAUCUACCAAUUUUAUUUUUGUUGGAAGAAAGAGGCAUGGCAGUGUAAUAAAAUAUACAUAAACUUUUCUACCUAUUUUCAUACUACAGAUUCAUUUAUUAAGGUUGGGUGUUUCAGAUGCUUUGUUAAAGUUUAUCAGUACAUAAAA